GAAUCCAAAAGGCAAACGCAAAUCCAUCUUUCUUUCUCCAUAAUUCAUCUACUGUCCAAAAGCAAAACCGAAAAAGGAAGCUUCUUUGUUUAUUUUAAUAAUCAAGCUCACCCCUUUUCAUAACCGCCAUGUCAAUCCGCCGGCGAACCUUGCUCAAGGUCAUUGUCCUCGGCGACAGUGGGGUGGGCAAGACUUCCUUGAUGAAUCAAUAUGUGCACAAGAAGUUUAGCCAGCAGUAUAAAGCUACCAUUGGUGCUGAUUUUGUUACCAAGGAACUACAGAUUGAUGAUCGGCUCGUCACCCUACAAGUAUGGGACACAGCUGGGCAGGAACGAUUUCAGAGUCUUGGAGUUUCGUUUUAUAGGGGUGCAGACUGCUGUGUGCUAGUUUAUGAUGUCAAUGUGAUGAGGUCGUUUGAUACUCUUGAUAAUUGGCAUGAGGAGUUUCUUAAACAGGCAAACCCAGCUGACCCCAGAAAAUUUCCUUUUAUAUUGCUUGGAAACAAGAUUGAUAUAGAUGGUGGAAAUAGUCGAGUGGUUUCCGAGAAGAAAGCGAAAGAUUGGUGUGCUUCAAAAGGGAACAUACCCUACUUUGAGACAUCUGCAAAAGAGGAUUACAAUGUUGAUGAUGCAUUUCUUUGUAUUGCCAAAACGACUCUAGCAAAUGAGAAUCAGCAUGACAUAUAUUUCCAGGGCAUCCCCGAGGCUGUUUCAGAGACCGAGCACAGAGGUGGUUGUGCGUGCUGAUGUUGAGCCACUCUUAAUUUAAACACUUUUAAGUCUUAUGCUUUACUCUCCCUUCUUUUUUUUUUUUAAACUCUGAGUUCAAAUCCAUUUUUUGUAUUGGAUGUAUGCUCUAUUUUUUUCUCCUAAGUUGGUGACUAACAGUUCUCUUUUAUUUAGUGACUGAUAUUUACUCCUGUUGUAUCGUCGAUUGGCAGUUUUUUUUUUUUUCUUUGUACACAGACAAUUUAUUAGAACUAG